AUGAGAAGCAUCUCGACGCUUGCGACUACUCUGGCAUUAUGCAGUACUGGCAUUGCCACAGUCUGCAAAACAACACCUCUGGACUCUGACUGGCCUCGAGCAUCGGAAUGGUUGGCCUUGAACCGCACGCUCGGCGGUGCUCUUCUCCAAACUCGUCCGGUGGCAUCUGCAUGCUAUGCCAACAACCCUUUCAACUCGACUCUAUCUUGCAACGAAGUCGAGAAUCAGUGGAACUCGACAUACUUCCAUGCUACCCUCCCCGAAUCAAUCGAUGCUACGAUCUGGGCCAACAAUUCGUGCGUCCCUCCUGGAAAAGAUGGUCAUGUCGAAGGCAGCUCUUGCACUCUUGGUGCAUAUCCGGCAUAUAUCGUCAAUGGCACCUCGAACGAGAUAAUUUCGAAGGCAAUGGGUUGGGCCUCGCGUCGCAACAUCCGUAUCAUCGUCAAGGGAACUGGCCACGAUCUUGACGGCCGCUCGACGGGUGCUCACAGUUUGUCCAUCUGGACCCACCAUCUCAACCAUAUUAAGUUCGACUCCAAGUGGAACGGCACUGAAGACGUUGCCAUUGUUGGCAGCGGCCAGCAAUGGGGCAAUGUCUACGAUGCUGCAGCGAAACUCGGAAAAGUUGUGAUUGGCGGUGCAGACGGUAGCGUGGGCCUUGGUGGACACAUCCAGGGCGGAGGUUACGGACCCCGUUCUUCCAUCUAUGGUCUUGCUCCCGAUCAGGUACUGCAAGUUAGUGUUGUGACCACUCAAGGAGACAUCCUUGUCGCCAACGACACGGCUCACCAAGACCUCUUCUGGGCCGUCCGUGGCGGCGGUGGUGGAAGUUAUGGUGUUGUCACUGAGUAUGUUCUCAAGGCCUAUCCAGCCCCUGCCAACACGGUGGCUGGAACACUGUCAAUCAGCGGUGGCAAGAACGCUACCGGCAACAUCACCUGGGACGCCUUUGGCGUUCUUCUCAAUCGUAUCCCUGGUCUCAUGGAUAAAGGUAUCUGGGGAAACGUCAUUGCCUUUGGUCAAACACCAGGCGAGGUCUCGGUAACUGCCCAAUUCUCAGCCUACAACAGCACCACAUCCGAGGUAACUGCUCUGGUUUCACCUGUGCUCGCAGCAAUCCGCAACACAACCGACAGCAACAACUCCAGUCUCUCAAUCAUCUGGAGCGAUCCCACAGUCUCUCUCUUCGAUAGAAACAGCAGCUCCAAAGCACCAUCCGAAUCAGCUGGCUCGGGCGGUCUUGAAACCAGCCGUCUCCUCGGCCUUGCCCAGCUCUCCCUCCCCUACAAACAGCUCUCCUCCUACCUCCGCCGCAUUAUGUACACAGAGCCAGGAAGCAGCGGUUCUGCCAUGCUAAUCCUGGGCCUCAUGGCCGGACCCGGCGUCCAAAACACCCCUCUUGCCCGACGCGGCGCAGUAAACCCUGCCUGGCGCAAAACCUACGUCCACGCAAUCUCGGGGUCCAGUCCUGCAGCAGCCGACUCAGCUACUCCCUUCCAAAUCAUCAAGCAAUCUGCCGAGUGGUAUGAGGUGCACAGGGAAGCUGUGUGGCGCGAGUGGGCGCCGAACAUGGGUGCCUACAUGAACGAGGCUAACCCUUACAACUCAAACUGGAAACAUGAUUUCUUCGGUGGAAACUAUGAAAAGUUGGCUGCUAUCAAGAGAAAGUACGAUCCUACAGAGUCUUUGUAUGCUGUGUCAAGAGUUGGCGCGGAGUGGUGGGACUACGAUUUGCAGACCGGCAAGUUGUGCAGAGUCGAGUAG